AUGGUACUUACUGCUCGUUCUGCCUCCCUUCUCUCCUCUGCCUCCCGCUCCUGCGCCUGGCGGGCCGGUCUUCAUGCCCAUGCCCUGGGCAGGGCCGCAUUCCGAGCUCCCAAGUUUGGCCCGCAAUUUUCCCGUCGUCUGCUGACCACCCAACCCGAAAAGGUCAAAGUUCUAGCUGUUCUGUACGACGGCGGCAAGCACGCUGAGCAGGUGUCAGACCUUCUCGGAACCACCGAGAAUGAGCUCGGCAUCCGCAAGUGGCUCGAGGACCAGGGCCACACACUGGUAACCACCUCGGACAAGGAUGGCGAGAACUCGACCUUCGACAAGGAGCUCGUCGACGCCGAGGUCAUCAUCACCACUCCCUUCCACCCCGGGUACCUGACGGCCGAGCGCCUGGCCAAGGCCAAGAAGCUCAAGCUGGCCAUCACUGCCGGCAUCGGCUCGGACCACGUCGAUCUCGAUGCGGCCAACAAGACCAACGGCGGCAUCACGGUCGCUGAGGUCACGGGCUCCAACGUCGUGUCGGUCGCUGAGCACGUCGUCAUGACCAUCCUGGUGCUCGUCCGCAACUUCGUCCCCGCGCACGAGAUGAUCGAGCAAGGCCGGUGGGACGUCGCCGAGGCGGCCAAGAACGAGUUCGACCUGGAGGGCAAGGUUGUCGGCACCGUCGCCGUCGGGCGCAUCGGCGAGCGCGUGCUGCGCCGCCUCAAGCCCUUCGACUGCAAGGAGCUGCUCUACUACGACUACCAGCCGCUCUCGCCGGAGAAGGAGAAGGAGAUCGGCUGCCGCCGCGUCGACAGCCUCGAGGAGAUGCUCGCGCAGUGCGACGUGGUCACCAUCAACUGCCCGCUGCACGAGAAGACACGCGGCCUGUUCAACAAGGACCUGAUCGCCAAGAUGAAGCCGGGCUCGUGGCUCGUCAACACGGCGCGCGGCGCCAUCGUCGUCAAGGAGGAUGUCGCCGAGGCGCUGCGCACCGGCCACCUCCGCGGCUACGGCGGCGACGUCUGGUUCCCGCAGCCCGCGCCCGCCGACCACGUCCUGCGCACCGCCAAGAACCCCUUCGGCGGCGGCAACGCAAUGGUGCCCCACAUGUCCGGCACGUCGCUCGACGCCCAGAAGCGCUAUGCCGCCGGCACCAAGUCCAUCCUGGAGAGCUACCUGUCCGGCAAGCUGGACUACCGCCCGGAGGAUCUGAUCGUGCACAACGGCGACUAUGCCACCAAGGCGUACGGCCAAAGAGAGGCGGCGAAGCGCUCGUAG